UUGACAGUUAAGUAUUAUGCCUCUCUAAAUAACUAUAGUCGUAGUAAUGGCUCAAAAAUUGGACAUCAUAGAAAUAACCAAUAAAAUCGAAUGUUCACGUGAAGGUCGUCUUUCCAGCAAUCUGUGGCAGAAAAAUCGACCGACACAUGAAAUAUUUAUUCUAGACAUUACAGCCAGUCUAAAGAAUAUCGAAAUGACUUUGUUUCAGAAUCAUGGCGACAACGAAACAAAAUAUACUUUUAGAAUUUCUCUAGAAAACAGCACGAAACUUUAUUUUAAACAUGUGUGUUUUUACAUGUACGAACGAUUAUUGAGCGAAAUAAAUAGCACGACAUGCACGUUCGUUUUAAAUUUGCGCCGCAGUAAUUCAUAG